GUUAAAGAUUGCACAACUUCGCAGAACGUGUAUUUUUUUACAUGGCGCUUUCGCUCUAUUACUAAUUAACCUAGCGAAGAGGCGAGAAGGACACGGCUGUUGCACGGGUGCCUGCGAGAAGGGUGGCCACUGUGUGUUGUACAUCCCCUCGUUCUCCCUAGUAGUGGUAAAGUCGCAGAUGGAGCCUGUUCCCAGGUAAAAGGUAACAAAGUCCUGUUGAAAAUGUGAGGGAGCCGGCACAUAGCAACAAAUGUCUGUUACCUUAACUACCCACGGAUUCUGUUCCUCAUUGCACUGCAGCUUGAAAUUACAGAUCUUAGACAAACUUUCCACGUGCUCAAGAUGAGUGAACUAAAAGACUGCCCGCUGCAGUUCCAUGACUUUAAGCCAGUAGAUCACGUGAAGAUGUGUCCCCGCUAUGCAGCUGUGCUGUCGCGCUCUGAGGAUGAUGGAAUCGGAAUCGAAGAACUGGAUACAUUACAGCUGGAGCUGGAAACUCUCUUGAGCUCAGCAAGUCGGCGGUUGCGAAUUCUAGAGGCAGAAACACAGAUCCUCACAGACUGGCAGGAUAAAAAAGGAGAUAAGAGGUUGUUAAAAUUUGGGAAGGAACAUGACCAUGGAACACCACAGAAACAUGGAAAACCCAAGAAACAAAAAAUCGAUGGAAAAGGCAGUCAUGGAACUGGACCUGGUCCUGGACGCCCCAAAUCAAAGAACCUACAGCCAAAAAUACAGGAGUAUGAAUUUACAGAUGAUCCCUUGGAUGUUCCCAGAAUUCCAAAGAAUGAUGCCCCCAACAGGUUCUGGGCAUCAGUGGAACCGUACUGCGCUGACAUCACCAAUGAGGAGAUCCGUGUCCUUGAGGACCUACUGAAACCCCCUGAAGAUGAGGCGGAGUAUUACAAGAUUCCCCCUCUGGGGAAGCAUUAUUCCCAGCGAUGGGCGCAGGAGGACCUUCUAGAGGAGCAGAAGGAAGGUGCCCGUGCUGCAGCCGCUGCAGAAAAGAAGAAAGGCAUGCUCGGAGCUUUAGCUGAAUUCGACUCAAAAGAUGUGGAUGCUUUGCUGAAGAAAGAGCAGCAUGAUCAGCCUGAAGAUGGAUCUCCUUUUGGGCCCCUCACUCAGAGAUUACUCCAAGCUUUGGUGGAGGAGAAUAUUAUUUCACCGAUGGAAGAUUCUCCCAUACCAGAGAUGACUGGGAAAGACGUUGGAACUGAAGGAGCAAGCACCUCCCCUCGAAGUCAGAAUAAGGCCUUUAGCGUACCCCACACAAAGUCUCUCGAAGCACGAAUUAAGGAGGAACUAAUUGCUCAGGGUCUUCUAGAUUCUGAGGACCGACCUACCGAAGACUCUGAAGAUGAAGUUCUGGCAGAGCUGCGCAAGCGGCAGGCUGAGUUGAAAGCCAUCAGUACACACAAUCGAGCGAAGAAACAGGAACUUCUCAGACUUGCCAAAGAGGAGUUAAAAAAACAGGAGUUACGGCAACGAGUGAGAAUAGCGGACAAUGAAGUAAUGGAUGCUUUCCGAAAGAUCAUGGCAGCUCGCCAGAAGAAACGCACGCCUACAAAGAAAGAAAAGGAUCAAGCGUGGAAGGCACUGAAGGAGAGAGAGAGCAUUCUAAAGCUGUUGGACAGUUAAGCCCAAUUACAUAAACAAGCUGGAUGUCGUUACUUUUGAAAAAUUGGCUUAAUGUUCAUCUUUUCUUGAGUGCUGUGCUUCUGAACUGACAAAAGGAGCGAUAUUGAACCCUGCCUGUUUUGAACUGUUGACAUUGCAUUCCAGCAGGCUGUCUCUGUUGUGGCCAACUAGUCUUGUUUGUAAAAGGUGGAAGUCUGUCUUUCAGAAAUCUGGAUGUUGUGCUUUGCUAGUUUGGGUUUUUGCUGUAUGUGAAAGUAAUGUUUUGGCCAGGUAUUCCGAUAGUGUAGCAUUUCCUUGGCAGCUGUGCCAUUGCCAGUCCUUCCAAAUGUGAUGUUAAAACUGACACUGUAUAGCUUUCCAGAAAGAUUUUCUUUUCCUUCCAUCCCACACCCAACAAUGUUUUCUAGAAAUAUAUGUGGGGAUACCAUCAGGGCUCAAAGUCUGUUUUCCCCCUUUCUUCUACAGUGCUAUUCUUCUCCUUAAUUCCAAUCCAGCCAACCUGAUAUACUGUUUGAUUUUGUUUCAAAUCUUUCUGUACUUGCCUCUGGGCCAUGUGAUACGAUGUGAAGAAGUAUUGAAAUACUGCCAAUUCCUUUUAUAGAAAUAAAAUCCACUUGAGAUUUAUACAACUGUGCGGUAGAAGGUACAAUUUAUGCCACAGACCAUAAGGGAUCGUGCCAGUUACAAAAGUUCCAGAUGUUUUGCUGUUCACCAUUGGGUAAACACUGUGCAAUGGCUUGUAGCUUCAGAGAUCAGGAUGACUGCAGGUGCAUACUCCAGUGUUUGCUGGUUGUUCAGUUUAGCAGUGGUAACAGUGCUUAUUUGAGUUGACUGCCUCAGUUAGUAAUGCAAGGGAUUUUCUAUGCAGUUGAUGUUACCUGACAAAUUUACAUGUCUUCCAUGAUCAUUAAAUGCAAUUUUUCCAUUUUGUUUUCACUUUUAUUUUAUCUGGUAUGACCAUUCCACAGUUCCUUAGUUUAUACAAAGAGGAACUGUCUGCUGUACUCCUGUGCUCUGUCAUAUCCAUUGGCCUUUGGGAGAUUAACUGGAAAGUGGAUAGUAGAGGUUAGGUUCAAGUUCAAUAAUGAUAGCUCUUCUCCCUCCCACUGAGUGGAUGAAGAUGGGAUCAGCUGCAAUGCCUCUACUCCUUUGCUAAAUAGUGAUAAAGGUAGAAAGGACUUUUGUAGCACAGCAGCAGUGUUACUACUUUUUGAGACAGGAGGCCUGGGUGCAAUCUUACUUGCUCUGGAGGUGUGUCAUAACCAUUACUGAGCUGGUUGAUUUUAAAAAACUACUAAAACCCUUGAUCUGGACUCGGCAAUGGAACAUUUCGACCUGGAGAAGGUAACAGUUGGACUGCAAAUAUACAUUGAAUCAUACCACAACAUGAAUCAUUAUAUAUAUAAAAUAAUAAAGAAGUCAUGGGGAUUAAAAUUAACAUGAAAAAUUAAACAAGACUGAUGGAAAUGAAUUUUUCCAAAAAUGCAAUCAUUUUACUGCAUUGUCACCUACCAGUUUUAAAUAUAAAGUGAAAAGAACCAGAAGAACUAUACUCCUAGACUCACCAAGGGUUUUUUGCACUGUUUUAAGUUAUCUUUUUGCAGCCUUGCUACGAUUGAACCUUGUUUUGAUAAUCCCAGUUGCGUAUUGUAACACAAGAACUCUGAUCUCGUCUCCCAUUUAUCAGUCAGACACACUCGCCAAAUCAACCCUUAAAGAGUUAGAAAUCAGAAUGAGAACCAUCCAAUGGUGAAUCCCCAGCUCAAUGCAUGUCCCCCACAUCAGAUGUCCUUAUGUUAAUUUGUGGAUUAAAGAUGAAACAAGUGUAAGUUUUAACAUUUGUGGCAUUUAAUCCUCAUAGUGUACUGAUGAGUAACUGGUCCUGUAAUGAAUUUUCAAUAAAUGUCAACUUGAUUACUU